AUGUCAGAAUUGUCAGAUAAAUUCACAAUUCAGAUCCUGCAGCAGCAGCAGCAGCAGCAGCAGGCGGCGCUCAUGGCGGCGACACAGGGCUCAUAUCUCAACCCCAUGACUGCCAUCACCGCCGCUCAGAUGCAGCAAAUAGCAGCUUUCAACCUCAACGGCCUAGUGGCUGCACCCAUGACGCCAUCUUCAGGCACCAGCACUCCACCAGGCAUCAGCGCCACCGCUGUGCCCAGCAUCGCAGCUCAGAUCGGGGUGAACGGCUUCAGCGCUCUCCAUCCCCAAACCAAUGGACAGCCCUCCUCCGAACCCAUCUACACCAACGGCAUCCACCCGUACCCAGCACAGAGUCCGACAGUGGCUGAUUCUCUCCAGCAGGCGUAUGCCGGUGUGCAGCACUAUGCAGCAGCCUAUACUACCGCUUAUGCGCCAAUCAGUCAAGCGUUUCCACAGCAACCAGCCAUCAUCCCCCAGCAACAGCGGGAAGGACCGGAGGGCUGUAACCUGUUUAUUUACCACCUGCCGCAGGAGUUCGGCGACGCGGAGCUCAUGCAGAUGUUUCUGCCCUUUGGCAACGUCAUUUCUGCCAAAGUCUUCGUGGACCGAGCCACCAAUCAGAGCAAGUGUUUCGGAUUCGUCAGCUUUGAUAACCCCUCCAGCGCUCAGGCAGCCAUUCAGGCCAUGAACGGCUUUCAGAUCGGCAUGAAGAGGCUCAAAGUUCAGCUGAAGCGGCCCAAGGACGCCAACCGGCCGUACUGACCCUGAGCUGACCCUGAGCUGACCGCUGCCGCCUUCACU